GGUUCUGAAACCUCGCUCUGAGGGAGUGUGAGGGGUUCCGCACGUGGGGCGGGGGCUGUGAGCCGGGAGGACGGGUGAGGGUGUUGGGUUCAGUGUCUCGCGCGUGGGGCUGACGUGUUCUCUUUGGGUUUUGAGCGGGGGAUAAAUCAGUGUGGUUAUUGGUCUUGGGAAGAAUUCCACUGUAGGGGGCCGGCGCCAGCGUGAGUGGAAGCCUAACCGAUGGUACCUCAGAGGGCGAGUAGGAGGGUCUUGAAGGCGCCGCUCGGACAGUGACAAUAUGAACCUCUUACCCAAAAGCUGCCAGGAGUUCGGCUCCGUUGACUAUUGGGAGAAGUUCUUCCAGCAGCGAGGAAGGAGAGCUUUCGAGUGGUAUGGAAGCUACCUGGAGCUGUGCGGGGUGCUGCACAAAUACAUCAAACCCAGAGAGAAGCCCAGAAGAAACGGAAAAAGGACAGGAAGAAGCAGCGGCCUGCUGACACUCCAGAGGACCUCCCCACAGCCCCAGGGCAGUCCAUUGACGAGUUACCUGUGCUGUGAACACCACAAAGCAAUGAUUGCGGGCCUUGCCCUGCUCAGAAACCCGGAGCUGCUCCUAGAGACCCCACUGGCAUUGUUGGUGGUAGGCCUGGGUGGGGGCAGCCUCCCCCUGUUUGUCCACGAUCAUUUCCCGAAGUCCUGCGUUGAUGCUGUAGAGAUCGACCCCUCCGUGUUGGAAGUGGCCACCCAGUGGUUUGGCUUCUCCCAGAGUGACCGGAUGAAGGUCCAUAUUGCAGAUGGACUGGACUAUAUUACCAGCCUGGCGGGAAGAGAAG